AUGGGAGACACGUCCAACGUCGUCGUUUUAGGCUUGCUCACGCUCGUCUUCGGCCUCUAUGUGGCGUCAGGGCGCAGGUCGACUGGCAAGAAAACACUCUUGAAGUUGCCCAUCAUCGGGGACCUGUACAGAUCGCCCAUAGAGAAGCCGCUUCUGCGCUGGGAUGCCUGGUCCAAAGAGAAGGGCGCAAUCGCUACGCCGAAGCUGUUUGGCAUUGUACCCCUUGUCGUCAUCAACACGGCCGAGGCGGCGACGGAGCUUCUCAGCCAGUGCAGCGCAUGGUACAGCAACCGGCCCGGCUCCGUAAGCAUCGAGAUGAUCACCGGCGCCGCGCGGGGCCAGUCCAAAUUCACCCGUCAUGAUGCACGACAUAGACGAGCAAAACAUCUCAAACUCCACCACCGCAUUUUGUCUCCCAGCUUGGGUGCCGUUGCCGCGCCGCGGUACCAGCCCAUCAUGGAGCUCGAGUGUAAGCAACUCGUCAAGGAGCUGCUAGAACUCGCCAGGGACAGCAGUGGGCGCGUCGUCGCGAGCACCGACAUCUACACGCUGCUCGAGCGCACGCAGGCCAGCAUCAUCCUGACGCUGCACUACGGUAUCCGCGUGGCCACGUCCGACGACCCGCUGUUCCACGAGAUCGUCCACGUCCAGGAGAGAGUAACCCACACAGCCGCUAACCCGGGCCUGCCAGAUUUCAUCCCGGCCCUGCGCUACCUGCCGGCGGCGCUGUCGCCCUGGCGCCACGCCGCCGACCGCUUCUACGCCGAGCAGACACGGCUGUACAUGCGGCUACUGGAGGCGGGAGACAAGGCACCGGGCUGGAACGCCACCAAGCAGGCGCGAAACGUAGCCGCCAAGUACGCUGGCGCCGACAAGGUGCCGGACGUCGACCUGGCCUUCAUGCUGGCUACUUCCAUCCAAGGGGGGAUGGAAACGAGCCCGCGGGCGCUACUCUGGCUCUUCGUCGCCGCCAUCACGGCGAACCCGGGCUUCAUAUCGCGCGCGCACUCGGUCUUAGACGCCGUCGUAGGACGCGAGCGCAUGCCCACCUUUGCAGACCGCGCCGCCAUGCCCUACAUAGACGGCAUAGUCUCCGAGCUGAUGCGCUGGCGGCCCAUCUCGCCGGGGAGCAUUCCCCGGCGCGCCGAUAAGGCGGACGACUACAAGGGCACUCGGAUCGCCAAGGGGGCGACCGUGUUCGCCAACGCCUGGUUCAUCGGCCGGGACGCCGCGGUCUUCGAUCCCGCCCUGGCGUCCCUCGACGCGUUCGCGCCGGAGCGCUGGCUGGACGGGUGCGAUAUGCAGGGGCCCGAGGAUCCGGCGGCGGCGGCACGCCAGGGCGAGCUGCGGACUUCGCUGCCCCUGCCUGUGUUUGGCCAGGGCCGGCGCAGCUGCAUGGGCAGGCGGGUUGCGCUCGACAGCAGCUUCAUGCAGGUCGCCAGUAUGCUGUGGGCAUUUGACUUCGAGCGCGUGCAUGACGUGGAUCCCAUGGACAUGGUCGUGACGGGCUUCAUGACGGAGCCGGCGCCCUGCCAGGUCAUGCUCAAGCCCCGUGGAACGUGGGUGACGGAUGUUGUCCGUGGCGAAUACCGUAGCGCGGUCAACUCUUCGGGCAACAUCAUGGGAGGGGCUGCGGAUGCCGUGGGUGAAGUAUAG